CAGCUGCGUUGCACAAUUUGUUUGUGGAGUUGGUGUGAACCCAAACUGCUUCAGUUUCGGCAAUGCACAGGGCACAGGAUCAGAAUGAGAGUCAGAUGGAGCCAGCAGCAGAGGAUGAUGUUUGUUUUGAGUUUUGACGACCCUUCACCUCCCAGUCUCGCUUCACUUCCUACAUUUUCAAUACGAUUCCAGUUCAAUCCUAAUCCCCGAUUUUCUUAAGGCGGUUACUUAUCGGUCGUGAUCCGCCUCCGACCAGUCUGAGUCUGAGGUAGAUGGAUGAUCGUAGAAACACGUGUUGAUCUCAAGUCUCUGAGACGUCAUCCCUCAUGGAAGGUAUGGGGGACAAGGAGUAUGUGCCGACCACAUCUCACCAGCAGGCUCAGCCGGACAUUGACCAGUUCUCCCCCCGUCCCCCGGACACAGGUGGUCCAGACUCACAGCACAUCGAGUGCCUGAAGAAAUGGAACUGGCGUAGCUUACCCCCGUACGGCCCGGCUGCGUUUGCCAGAGGAUUCGACCACUCGGCGCUCCCACUGGUGGGCGGGCACCGUCCUCCUGACAUGACCAGUCACAUGAGCACCUCCGGCGGAAGUGACAUGGGCGGUGGUGGUGGUAGUGUCGGUGACAUUGUCGUCGUUGGUGGUGGUCAGGGGCUUGGCAGUGGUCAUUUUGAGAGUCCUCCCCCUCCUCUUCCUCCCCUUCCUCCCCCUCCUCCUCCCGGCCUGCUGCUUCAUAACAAUCCGUAUGCUCACUACGGUCCCUCGCUGAACGCUCACUCCUCGCUGGUGGCGUCGGGCGCUACUUCCAGUCUCCACGAGCUGUCGAGCUACGCCUCCAGUCUGUACAACGCGUCUGCCGACCUCUACAACGACAGCAGCAACAACAAACAGACCGCUGCCCUGUCAGACAUGCCGGGACCUUCAGAGGAGAGUUACACCUCUUUUGUGGCUGGGCAGUGUUUGGAGAGGAAGCCUGUGAUCACGGAAACGGAUCAGAUUGAGGAGAAGAAUAAUUUGGUCGCAGAACCAAACCAGUUUGAGUCCAAGAAUACUUUGGUUGCCCAAGCAGACGAACUUGAGGAGAGGAAAAUAUCGGUUGCGGAGUUAAAUAUGAGUGAGGGUGGGGUUGCUGGGUUGAGUCAAAGUGAUGCGAGUCGAAGAAUUGAAGCCGGGUCCCCGCAGGUCGAAGAACAGGAAAUUGUCACUGCUGAGUCUUCGCAGCGCCAGAGAAUCGACAGAAAUUUUACGGAGUCGACGCUAAGCGAGGAGAAAGAAAGCUCAGAUGCCGAGUCUAAUCAGAGUGAAGAUGAGGGGCAGAAGGAGAAGGAUGUUGAUUCGGAUGCCACUGAAGAUGAAGAGGAAAAGGCUGUAGAUUCUGAUGCGACCGAAGACGAAGAAGAAAAAGCUGUAGAUUCUGAUGCAACGGAGGAAGAGGAGCAGAAAGGUCUGGACUCUGAUGCGACUGAAGAUGAAGAUGAAAAUGUCGAUUCUGAUGCCACUGAAGAUGAGGAACCUAAAGUUGUGAAGCGGAGACGGAAGGCGGCGGCUCCAAAGAAACGUAAAGGUACCAGUUCAAAAAAGGUGGGAAAGUGCGUGGUGUGCGGGGAAAAGUUUCUCAAGGAGGCGGCCUUGAGGUCUCAUCUGUCAGAACAUUUGUACUACGACAUGCAGAAAAAUGUGAUUAUGUCACGGGCCGUUGGGGUUCCAGUCUCGGGUGGGAGUAAACAGGGGCAGCAGGGUGAGUCAGACAGCGGAGCAGUUGUGUUCAGCAGCAGUUUGGUUAACCCUUACGACUUCACCUUCACCUGCAGUUUGUGUAGCGUCAAGUUCAUGCGCAAGAAGCAGUUAUUUGCCCACAAGCACGCCGAGCAUGAAAGUGUUAAAUGCGACUACGAAGGAAAGACGCUGGUCCUCAAGUCCAAACCCUCUGUCCGCACGCCGAGAUCGUACAAAUCGGCCAACUGUGAGAUCUGCGGGGCUUUCUUCAAGCGGGGCGAGCGUCUGAAACAUCACAUGAUUCUCCACAUGAAGGAGAACAUGUACCAGUGCGACAUCUGCCACCUCAACCUGGCCAACCCGUUCGCACUGAAGAAACACAAACUUCUCCACGUCAAGGACGAGUUUGGCCGCGCUCCUGGUCCCGCGGAGAUCUUCGUCUGCGAAGUUUGCGGGAAAUCCACAAAAUCGAAAAGACAGCUCAAACUUCACAUGACCGUACACACAGGGGAGAAAAUCUUCAACUGCAACGUGUGCCACACAGAGUUCUCCAGCCUGGCACGACUGACCAAACACAAGAAGGAAAACCAUUCGUCUAAUCAGUUCAUCUGCGAUGUGUGUGGAUCUGCGUACGGCCGCUCGCAGGACCUCAAGACUCACUACUACAGGGUGCACGUGAAGAAGAAGGCGGAGGAAGCCGCCGCUUUGUUGAUGGGGACACAAGCUUUCACAAAGAGCGGGAAGAAAAUCAAACGUUUUACGUGUGAAACGUGCAGUAAGGUUUUCAAAACAAAAGAAAUGCUGAACUAUCACGCGCGGGUUCAUACGGGCGAAAAGCCCUACAUCUGUAAAGUAUGCAACAAAAGCUUCCGCUACCCAACCUCGCUAGCCUCGCACAAAAAAAUCCACUCAGGGGAAAAGCCCUUCGAGUGCGACGUUUGCCACCAGCGCUUUCGGCGAAAAGACUAUCUACAGGGUCACUACCGUAUACACACAGGGGAAAAACCGUACGCGUGUAAAGUUUGCGGCCAGAGGUUCCGGCAGCAGGGAGACAUGCUGGCACAUCAGAAGAGACAUGCGGGUCAAGGGAAGACGUUCAACGCCAACGUCAAUGUCCCGCCCCCUGUGCAGCAGCAUCAGGAGACAAAGAAUGUGGCGUCACAGCUGAUAAAGGGCCUGGAACAGUACGGAGUGACCCCCCUCCAGUCCGAGUCGCCCGUGUACAACGAAGUCUUCCUGGAGUGGACGGACAAGUCGGGCGGCACGGGCGCUGCCCGCUACGACCACUACGAGGCAGACAUGGGUUCGGGGGCUGGCGCGGGCAUCAAGAUGAACCAACCAGUACCGGCUCACGCCUCGUCAAUGUCGGAGAUGCAGGUCAAUCCCAUGGCCGGUGGCAUUGACCUUCGCUCUGUGCGUCCACCUGAAGGUCAGCAAGACACCCGGUUUGACCUCUCCCUGCCGCGACCCGACCGACCUCCCGGCAUCCCUGCCUACAGCCCCUGGGGACUUCCUCCCAUCCCCCCCAGCUUCCACACCACUGCCCCCUCCGGCUACCCCACCUCCCACAUGUAUCCUCCUCCUCCUCAUCCCCAUCACUCUCUCCCUCAUCCUCAUCCUCAUCCUCAUCCUCCUCCUCAUGUUGAGCAGCGGAAGGAUCCACCCGACGUCCCUGUACCGAUGAGUCAUUACCGGCCGAUGAACCAAGAGCAGCCUGCUACUGCCUCGCCUCCCAGCCCCGAGGAUAUCGUCGAGGAUAUUCGGGAAGAAGAACCACUUGCGCAGCUGCCGCCACAACCACAACCACCGCCGCCACCCACUUUUGAGAGGUUGUCGAACCCACUUCUUUACCUCCGUGCCCCCUCCUCCUCCAUCUCGACACAGGAACAGACGUCAGGUGGGCCCUCCGGGCCAUCCCACCCUGGUCCCCACCUCAGUUUGUCAAAUGAACCAUCGCAACCACAACCGCAGUCAGAACCACCAUUAACAAAUUUUCCUACCUCGAACUCCUCCUCUUCCGAACCGAUGGUUGCUACUAUGAAUUUUUCAGACGAACUGCCUCCUCCCCCUCCUCACGUCGAGACGGCCUCAGGUGUACAGAGAAGCCUAUUCUGGGAGCCGCUGAAAGUUGAGGAACCAGAAAACCGCAGCGAAGCCGUUCCUGGCGCAGGUGAUGAAGAUGAUGGUGGUAGAAGUAGUCUUUCCGGCAAUGAGAGUGUCGGUGCUGCAGAUGAUGAUGAUGAUGAUGAUGAUGAUGACUACAUCGCCGAACCUGAGGAAGAGGAAAUAGUUCCCGAAAGAGAAAUGGUCGCUGUUGCUCCUCCCAUGACGAGAAGCAGCCAAAAAUUAGUGAUUAAGGUCCCGGAAAAGAAAAAAGUGGGGCGCAAACGGAAAAGGAGACUGGCAGAAGAAGAGAAAUAUUCUUGUUACGUGUGUGAGUUAAAGUUUCAGAACUCCAACAAGUAUCUGAGGCACGUGAAAAAACACACCAGCGAGUGGCCGUUCAAGUGUACGAUGUGUAACCGUGGGUUUGUCACCGAGGAUGCUCUCAACAAGCACGCUGGCACACACUUGGAUCAGGCCCCCCAUCAAUGUGUGACAUGUGGUGCUGGUUUUUCAGAACUUAUCCAACUCACGCUACAUGGUUGGAUUCACAAAAUGGCGGGAUCUGUACAAAAGAAAGGUGGGCCUAAGGAGGAGAAACGAAGGAGGGUGGUAGUGAAGGAGGAACGAAAAGCUGUGGCGGAUAGACGGAAGACUAAGGUGAAGAAGCAAAGAACAGUGGUGGAAAAAAGACGGGCAGUGGUGGACAGACGGAAGAUGAAGGUCGCUGACAAACGGAAGACGUUGGAGAAACGGAGGACUGCGGUUUUGGACAAGCGAAAAACGGUUUCAGAGAGGCAGAGGAAAAGAAAAGCUACCACUCCGAGGAAAAUUGUUGUAGAGGUAAAGAAAGAGAAGAGGGUGAAGGCCAAACCGGAGUCGUGUCCAGUGUGUGGGGAGACCUUUAUCAAGGAGGCGGCCUUGAGAGGUCAUCUGUCUGAACAUGUGUUUUACGAUAUUCAGAAGGAGGAGAUUUUGAUCCGACGAAAUCACGGGGCGGAACAGGAGAGAGAUAUCUCGGAUGGGGCUCUGCCCUUUACCAGCAGUAGUAUCAUUAACUCUUACGACUUCACCUUCACCUGCAGUCUCUGCAACAUCAAGUUCACGCACAAGAAGGAGCUGUUCGCUCACCGGCACGCUGUACACGAAAGGGUUAAGUGUGAGUACGACAGCAAAGCUCUGGUGCUCAAGCCCAGACCAGCUGUUCGCACGCCUCGAAGGUACAAGCCGGCCGUGUGUGAGAUCUGUGGAGCAGUGUUUAAGCGAGGUGACCGCAUGAAACAUCACCUCAUACUACACACCAACAAGGAUAUGUACCAAUGCGACAUCUGCCACCUAAAUCUGGCCAACCCUUUCGCGCUGAAGAAACAUAAACUUCUCCACGUGAAGAGUGAGUUCGGCACGGCUCCUAGCCAGGACAAGAAUUUUGUCUGCGAGGUUUGUGGGAAACUGAUGAAGUCGAAGCGGCGACUCAAGCUCCACAUGACGGUACACACGGGGGAAAAAAUCUUCAACUGCAACGUGUGCCAGAUGGAGUUCUCCAGCCUGGCGCGUCUGACCAAUCACAAGAAGGAGCAUCAGUCGAACAAACAGUUCAUCUGCGAUGUGUGUGGAUCAGCGUACGGCCGCUCGCAGGAUCUCAAGACUCACUACUACAGGGUGCAUGUGAAAAAGAAGGCGGAGGAAGCCGAAGCGCUGUUGCUGGGCGCGCAAGGGUUGGCGCCCCCCAAGCGCAAGAAAGAGGCCAAAACUUUUCCCUGCGAGACGUGCAGCAAGAUCUUCCGCACCAAAGAGCUUCUCAACUACCACGCCAGUGUCCACACGGGCGAAAAACCCUAUUCGUGUAAGAUCUGCAAUAAGAGUUUUCGCUACCCAACUUCGCUCGCCUCACACAAGAAGAUUCACACGGGGGAAAAGCCGUUUGAGUGUGAUGUGUGUCAUCAGAGAUUCUUACGAAAGGACUAUCUUCAGGGUCACUACCGUAUACACACGGGAGAAAAACCGUACGCAUGUAAAGUUUGCGGUCAGAGGUUCCGGCAGCAGGGAGACAUGCAGGCGCAUCAGAAGAGACACGCCAGGCAGGGGAAUUUCAUUCAGUUGUGAGGGGUCCAGAUAGCCAAUGAGGCAACACAGUCAAUUUUUUCUUCUUCUUCUUCUUCUUCUUCUUCUUCUUCUUCUUCUUCUUCUUCUUCUUCUUCUUC